AUGUCCGCCCUCCUACACGCCCUCCUCCACCCGCUCGUAACCCUCUACACCCUCCUCCAACACCUCCUCACCACCCUCUUCGCACCACCCCCCGUCCGCACCCCGCCUCCCCCACUCACCGGCCCCCGCGUCGCCAUCAUCGGCGCCGGUAUCACCGGCAUCUCCGCCGCCGCCCACUGCGUCUCCCAUAACUCCGACGUGCUCAUCUUCGACAGCGCGCCCACCAUCGGCGGCAUCUGGGCGCGCGUCAACAGCACCUCGUCGCUGCAGAUCCACAGCAUCAUGUACCGCUUCCACCCGUCCAUCACGUUCCACUCUGCAUACCCGCAGCGCUCGGAGAUCCUGGAGCAGAUCGAAGCCUUAUGGCGGCGGUACGGGCUAAAGGAGAAGACGGUGCUGGGGACGAAGGUGGAGAAGGUGGAGAGGACGGAGACGGGGAAGUGGAGGGUGAAUGGGAGGGUGGAGUGGGAGUUUGAUGGGGUUGUGGCGGCGGUGGGGACGUGUGGGGAGCCGAUGGUGCCGGGCGUGGAGGGGAAGGAAAGGUUUCAGGGGCGUAUAGUGCAUUCGAGUAAGUUAGAGGGCGUAGGAAUAGAGGGGAGGAAGGUAGUAGUACUGGGGGGUGGGGCGAGCGCGGUGGAGGCGUUGGAGUGUGCGUUGGAGAGGGGGGCGGAGAGUGUUAGUUUGUUGGCGAGGUCCGACAAAUGGAUUAUCCCCCGGAACCCCCUCAUCGACAUCCUCCUCUCCCUCAACCCCUUCGGCUCCGAACUCUACCUCUCCUAUAUCCCCGAAUUCCUCCUCCGCCACCUCUUCUACCGCUCCCUCUCCUCCCUCGCGCCACCCCCACACACAACCGGCCUCUGGGAGUCAACCCCCAUGGUCAACUCCCACCUCCUCUCCCACAUCCGCUCCGGCCGUGCGCGCUGGCUCCGCGCUGACAUCCUCAGCAUCGAAGAACACGGCGUACGCUACAACCAGCGCUCCCAAGGCGUCCCCAAGGGCGGCCCCGGCGUCGAGAAAUUCGCCGAUGCAGACAUCAUAGUGUUUGCAACGGGGUUUAAAAGGCCGAGUCUAAGCUUCCUGCCAGAAGACUGUUUUGAAGAGGGGUAUGAGCCGCCGAGUUGGUAUCUGCAGACGUUCCCGCCGGGGGCGGUGGACGUGUGUGCGUGUAAUUGUACGUAUGUGAAUGCGAUUGGCACGGUGGGGCAUUUCCACAUUGGCGUGUAUACGAGGCUGCUGUUGAUGUUUUUGAAUGAUCCGUUGACGAGGCCGCCGGCGGAGGCGAUGAGGUUUUGGGUGCGCUGGACGAGGUGGUUGAAGACGAGGAGCCCGACGGGGGCGUUUGACUUUUUUACGUAUGGGGAGCUGUGUUGGUGGUUUUUGGAGUGUGUGGUGGUGAAUCCGUUUCGGUGGAAGUGGGCGUUUUUUGUGUUUACUGGGAGGGGAAUGCCGAUGGGGAUUGUGAAGAGGGAGAGGAAGAUUGAGGGGUAUGAGAAGAUUGAGACGGGGCCGAUCUAG